CUUCACCCCCCUCUUCAACGUCAACUUCUCCGCAGAGCCAUGUUACUACCUUCGUCUCUACUCCUCCUCCUGCUGGGCCUCCUCUCAUGGAGUCCCUGUGCAUCGUGUGCUAAAGUGAUCGUGGUCCCGCCCAUCAUGUUUGAAUCUCACCUCUACAUCUUCAAGACUCUGGCCACGGCUCUGCAGCAGGAAGGCCAUGAGAGCCAUUUCCUAGUUUCCGAAGGUCGUGAGGUUCCCCCAUCUCCUCACUACCACUUACAGCGCUAUCCAGGGAUCUUUAACAGCAGCACGGCUGACAGUUUCCUCCAGUCCAAGGUCACUAACAUCUUCUCGGGCCGUCUGACGUUUCUGGAACUGUUUGACAUUCUUGACCACUACUCUCAGAACUGUGAUGCUGUAGUUGGCAAUGCUGAGGUGAUGAAGCGGCUCAAGGAGGCAAAGUUUGACCUGCUGCUGGUGGACCCUAAUGAGAUGUGUGGUUUUGUGAUUGCUCAUAUCCUGGGCGUGCAGUAUGCUGUGUUCAGCACUGGUCUGUGGUACCCCGCUGAGGUCGGGGCCCCGGCCCCUCUAUCGUACGUCCCUGAAUUCAACUCGCUGCUGACCGACCGCAUGUCUCUGCUGCAGAGGAUCACAAACACAGCCGUUUACCUGGUGCAGCGCUUUGGAGUCCAUUAUAUUGCAUUACCCAAGUAUGACCGGAUAAUGAAGAAGCAUGGGGUGACGCCUCAAGUAGCCAUGGCCGACUUGGUGCAAGGCAGCCAGCUGUGGAUGCUGUGCACUGACAUGGCGCUGGAAUUCCCCAGGCCCACCCUGCCACAUGUGGUGUACAUAGGAGGCAUCCUCACCCAGCCCCCCAACCCACUGCCACAGGAUUUCGAGGCGUGGGUCAAUGACACAGCGGAGCAUGGCUUUGUGGUCGUGUCGUUUGGAGCUGGAGUCAAGUACCUAUCCCAUGACAUCGCUCACAAACUGGCAGGAGCCCUCGCCAGGCUGCCCCAGCGUGUCGUCUGGAGAUUCUCUGGAGUUCCACCCAGUAACCUUGGCAACAACACCAAGCUUGUGGACUGGAUGCCUCAGAACGACUUAUUGGGCCACGCCAACACAAGGGCGUUCCUGAGCCACGGCGGCCUGAACAGCAUCUACGAGGCCAUGUACCACGGGGUGCCGGUGGUGGGUGUGCCCCUGUUCGGAGACCACUAUGACACCAUGACUCGUGUGGCGGCCAAAGGUAUGGGUGUCAUGCUACACUGGAAGUACAUGACCGAGGAAGACCUCUAUACAGCCUUGAACAGCGUCAUCAAAGAAACCAGGUAUCGCCAGCAAGCGCGUCUUCUCUCCAACAUUCACAAAGACCAGCCAGGCCACCCCGUGACCAGAGCAGCCUACUGGAUCAGCUACCUCAUCCGUCACAACGGUGCUAGCCACCUGCGCUCCGCCGUGUACGAGGUGUCCCCCUACCAGUACUUCCUGCUGGACGUGAUCGUCACCGUAGCAGCUGCCUUGGCUCUGAGCGUCUACGCCCUCAAGAAGUUGGCACGGUUGCUGAGAGGGAAAGUGGAGGACCAGGGCAGAGGAGCAGGAAGCACCAGGGAUGAUGCUAACAUGGCCAACGGACAUUGCCAUAAGGAGAGCAUGGCCAACGGGAAACACAAACGCAAUGGCUCCUUGAAAACCGAGAAGAAGAUGAAUUAACGUUUGGAGUGGCCAAGAGGGACGAGGAAGAAGUUGCCCUAAGGACUCAGCUCUAGGUUUGGUUUAGUGAUUUUGUACAAGCUUGAAAAGAAAGCUGUUCUUAGGUCUGCGUCAAGAGGCAACUGCUACUCCGAUCAAGAGGGUGUUGGAGAAUGCACAAUGCAAUGUGUGUGGGUACAGAACAAGGCAUUGGGUGCUCAGAAUCUGUGUGUGUGUGUGAGUGUCUGUGUGUGUGUAGGUGUAUUUGUACGUGUGCACUGAGGCGAACUUAACAAGAACUCAUAACAACAGCAUCUAGCGCAAUGCAAAACCAAAUUGGAAAGUCAAUGAGGAUGAAGCACAGGAAAGACACAUCGGAGGACGUUGUUUCUACAUGUGUGUGUCUUCUCUCCUGCGUGUUCUCUGUCGUCUUCCUGCCUGAGGAGGGGUAAAAUCCUGAGCGCCACCCCUCAACCUCUGAACAAAAGCACAAAAUAUUUAGGAUUGAAUGUUUUUAACUGGACAAACUCUGCUUCAAAGGGUGUAAAUACAGGAUAAAUCUAUUUAUUACUGUAAAGAAUUGCAUUUUAAACUUGGACCUUUCUUCUUUUAAGUUAUUACAUGUGUUAGUGGUGUGAUAGCAUGGUUGUAGACACUCCCUCUGCUAAGCCAAUAUACACACAACACUGUGUCCCUCAUAUUAGAGAAACAUACAGAGUAAAAAGCCGCAGUUAUUGUAACGCCUGGGCCACACUGGGUGUGUGUGCAGCACAUGGCGGCUGUGUCGCUGACCUGCUGCAUCUCGCCUGCAUCUAUUAUUCACACAGGGAGUAUGACUGUUGCAUGCCUUCUGCAGAGCUGCUACGUGUUUAGGUUCCUUCUGAUUCUUCUAAUCUGAAACGGGUAUAGGAAGUGUUGCAAAUAUUUAUAUAUUCGUGACAUAUUUGUCAGAUAGACAUUUUAAAUGUGGUUAAAGAUUGUUUUUAUGUCUAUUUUGCUGGGAACCGUGGGUGGUACACAGAGAAAAUAGGCCCCAACUCUUGAGAAGAGCGGCUCACAGGCAGGAGAUGUGUGUCUGAGACAAGCCGCUCUCGUAUCCAGUGUGGCCCAGGUGUUAGAACGCAUCAUACACCUGCGCUGUCGGCAGCUGCAACCAUCCACAGUAUCACCGGGGCUUUGUUUUUCUUUUUAAAACCAAUCAGGUAAAUAUAUUUGUCAGAGUUUCCCUUUUCACAUGAUAGUGCCAACAUGGGACUGUUUGUUCUGGUGGAGAAUAGCUCCACUGAUCUCUGUUUGGCUUAUCAGUGUGAAAAGGGCCAUCAUGUUAUUAUCAAAAAGGUAUAAUAAUAAUGGCUGUAACUACUGCUGAUACUGUGGAUGAGUCAGAGAAGCAUUGAUCUACCAUCACUUGCCCCAUCAGUUCUUCGCCUUAAUUCUUCCCCCCUUAUCUAUUUAUUGAUUAGUAUGCAUUCAUCACUUGAUUGCCAUUUUUAGUGCGACACUUGACUUUGUACAUCAAACCUCUGGGAUCAUUUGUCUUUAAUGCUAGUUUUAAACGACACUGUUCACUCAGCUCUUCUCUCCUGUAAGGUAAAGUCCGAUUUAUCUCAUUCAGGUUCAUGUGCGAACUAUAUAUAGUCCUAUUUAGCUUAUGAAUAAUUAUAUUAACUGAAUGAGAAUGAUUCACAUUCUGUAUGUGGCCUUUUAUAAUGCAGAUGUUUGUGUAUGCAGAAUGCUUGAUACCAAUAUGUGUGUUUGUUGUUUCAAUGCUCGUGCUUUUCGAUACCUGUACAGCUUUAGCCAGAGUAUGGGUGUAAGCAGAAGAAGUAUGUUUUAUCCCACCGAGAGACAUGUUAAAACAA